UUGGGUGAACCGUUAAUUAAUUAGCUUUUGUGCUCUACUAUAUGUAUCUAUUACAUGCAUAAUCCAGUACAUACUUCCUUCAAACGGAAUGGCAAAGAUUCCAAUUCUUCCCAUUUUUACCAACUCCCUUCCCUUCUUCUUCGUCUUCUUCCUGUUCACUUUUCCGGCUACCGGGGAAGAACAAAUCUUCGGAAAGCCGGUGGACCGGAAAACUCUCGGAUUCAAGAAGGAAAAGGCAAGUCAUCUCCACUUCUUUUGGCAUGACAUUCUCAGCGGGCCCAAGCCAACCUCGAUCAGAGUCAUCCAGCCGGCGAAUAUCUCGUCGGCGAAUUUCAGGUUCGGCAUGACAAACAUCAUCGACAACCCGCUGACUAUCGGGCCGGAGCUGAAAUCCAAGUGCGUUGGAAGAGCGCAGGGGAUUUAUGCUUCGGCGUGCCAGGAGGAGCUUGGGUUCUUGAUGGUGAUGAACCUGGCUUUCAUUGAGGGCAAGUACAACGGCAGCACCCUCACUGUGCUUGGCCGGAACCCGGCGUUAGAGAAUGUCCGGGAGAUGUCCAUCGUCGGCGGCAGUGGGCUUUUCCGGUUCGCUCGCGGCUACGUUCUGGCGAGGACUCAGAUGCUUAAUUUGAAGACCGGCGAUGCCACCGUCGAAUAUGAUGCUUAUGUCUUGCACUAUUAGUGCAUCGUCUCCUUUCUCCAUUACUAAAUUAUUAUUACGGAAUAAUUUUGUCAACUUUUUUUCUAUUGUAUCAAACCGCUUUCUUAUUAGAGUUAAGGAAUAAUUAAUUUCUCUCAGUUUUUUGCAAUUCUGAGUGACACAAUUUUAAUUUUCUUGUUUCCUUUUUUGUGAUCAUAAAAGAGCGG